AUGAGUUUAUCAUAUUGGGUUCGACAGAGUCAGCGGGUUAUUCAUCACACUUCCAUUCGCUAUAUCAUGUCCAUAAGUGCUUCUGUUGAGGAGAUGCGGGCUCAACGUGAAGUUCCGCUGGGUUUAGAUGAAAGACCAAGUCUAACGAAGAGGAACAAACCAAUCAAUCCAAACAGCAAGAGUAACGAAGCUAAACGUAAGCGUCCUUCUCAUAGAAAGCCACCACGCACAAACUUUGACCACACGUCUCCUCUUGGUGUUUUAACGGAGUUUGAGAUACCGAACAUGCUUGUGGAACAUCAUGAAAAAGUGUGUGCGUUAUUGGGAUGUGACGCCAAAGAGACGCCAUAUUUGACCAUCAAGGAUGUUUUAAAUCCGGUUAGGGAUAUAAUAAACGAUGACGGUGUACUGGAUGCCUUCAAUUGGAGGGAAUUGCAAAAUGUGCAAGUUUUGAGUAUGUCUGCCAAGGGUGACGGGUUGGCCAUUAUUCGUUCGCCGACGUUUGAGAAGGUUGUGCAAUGUCAAGAGUUUGCCAAUGAACGUGAUAGGGAGAGAUUGGAGCAGUGGAAGAGAGACCAUCCUGAGGAGGUUGCCAAGGAAGAGGAAAGGAUCAGGCUAGAGGAGGAGAGGCAUCAGGCAUGGAGACUCGCAAAUCCAGAAUUGGCAGCAAAGUCGGAUUUGAAGAAGAACAGUACUGAAGAGAACAUUGAUGAACAAGGUCAGCAGGAUCACAAGAAGAAGAAGCGGAGAAGAAACGGUAUAUUUGAAUUUGAGCCAUACCGCCGUCAAAUCAAGGCUGAAGAUAUGCCAAAGGUCCAAAUUGCAACAAUUCCAUUUGCGUUUCCUGGUGACGUUGUCAAUAUCAAAGUGUUCCAUACCAACCAACACUAUGUUGACUCCGAGAUUAUGGAAUUUGUAAAAUUGUCCAAGUUAAGGCCUGAGAGCGAGAGAGGGUUAACCAAACCGAUGGAGACCAAAUGUGCCUAUUUUGGAAUUUGUAGUGGAUGUCAAUACCAAUCGAUCUCCUAUGAAUCGCAAUUGGAGAUCAAGAAAGAAGUUGUUGAAAAUGCAUACAAACAUUUCUGUAAGGAUGAAGUUAAUUGGGAGGGCAAGGUUUUGGAUACUGUUGCAUCACCAUUACAAUACAGGUAUCGUACUAAGCUAACUCCACAUUAUGACGUUCCAAGAAGCGGUGUUAAUGGUCUGGAUGUUCCAAGAUUGGGGUUUGGAUGGCGUGGCAAGGCAUCGUGGUUGAACAUCAAUAAGGUCAAGGAUGAGGAGGUUCUUGGGAGAGAAUUUGAUAACAAUGAUUUACCAUCCGAGCACCCUGAUAGCGAGAAGCCUGCAAUGAGGAAGAGGUCUAUCAGGCCGUACUUUGGUGAUGUCUUGGACAUUGAAGACUGUAUUAUUGGUACCGAUAUUCUCAGACUUGGCUUUGUCAAUGAGCGGAAGAAACUUGCGAAGGAGUGGAAUGAGGGAAUCAAGUCGAAGAAGGGAGUCACCAUAUUGUUGAGGGAGAACAGUGUCUCCAACAAGGAUGAAGAUUUUAAGGAACGUACCAGUUUUGGGUCUAUGAAUAUUGAGAGCGGCGACGUUACCCAACUUGAAGUUGACAUUCCUGGUAUAGAUGGUGAAGUCACCAAAACCUGUGUGACAGACAACCAAAAGAUUGUCAGCGACUAUGUCGAUACUGGGUUGGGUAGGAAGUUAAGGUUCGAUUUCAUUGCCAACGAAUUCUUCCAAAAUAACAACUCCAUUUUACCCAAGGUAAUCAAAUACGUUCGGGAUAACCUAGGUGGUGAAGCCGAGUUGGAAUAUCUGGUUGAUGCCUAUUGUGGGUCUGGACUAUUCAGUGUCUCCAUAGCCUCUGAUCAGAAGAGCCAUUUGAAGAAGGUCUUAGGGGUCGAGAUCAGUGAACGGGCUGUUGAGUUUGCCAAGCGGAAUGCGCAACUGAACCAAAUUGGAGAGGAUCAGUGUGAUUUCAUCCAAGGUAAGGCGGAGAAGUUAUUUGAACAUAUUGAUUUCCCCAAGGAGAAGACUGGAGUUAUUUUGGAUCCUCCACGUAAAGGCUGUGACGAGAUAUUCCUCAAACAACUCUCUGAGUUUGAGCCUAAUCGGAUUGUCUAUGUCUCGUGUAAUGUGCAUUCACAGGCGAGAGAUGUUCGGUACUUCCUCAAUGAAACAGACAAGGGACACCAUUACGAGAUUGAGAGUAUUAGAGGAUUCGAUUUCUUCCCCCAGACGCAUCACGUUGAGAGCGUUGCAGUUUUAAAACGUAAAUAG